UUAACUUGGAGAGAGGCUGACAGCCUGACACAGACACAUGUGUCGUAAAAUGUGGGCCUUUUACUUAGUCGUGAUUCUGGCGAUCUCCGCCGACGCGUCAGGGAAUGACAGCCACUCUCCGGGGGAAGAGACGCGGGUCAUCGCUCGGGGGAAACUGCUGGCUCCCAGCGUGGUCGGGUGAAGCAUCAAGAAGAUGCCGGAACUCCACCAAUUCCUGAUGGAGCGCUGGGCACUGUACCAUAACCUGGAGUAUGAUUCCUCGGAGGAGAAGGAGCCCCGUCUGAUCUUCUACGAUGACAGGGACAAGGUGGUGCAGACGGUCCCUGUGAAAGAGAUGACGGCGGACGCCAUCGGCCAGCUGCUGGAGGCCCGCGGCUUCUACAGGAGGAGCCAGAAGGGAGAGGAGGUUCCCGAGGAGUUCCAGAACUUCCCCCUGCACGCCCCCAGAGACGAGCUCUGAGGGCCCCUAGUGGCCGCGGACCGCUGCUGCAGCCCUGUCGCUUAAUGACGAGUGGGGCUCCAAGGCUCAACUGUCAGCCCGGCCCCACUCCGAUAACCCCUCGACAGGCUGCGCAGUCCGAACUCAAAAAUAUAAAUUGUGAAAAAUAUGUGGUGUUAUGAUAAUAAAAAUUUGAAUUG